AUGUGUAGUCCCCACCAACAAGGAGGAGAGAGAGGGGGGUGCUGCUGGGAGCUGCAGGAGGUGGGGGAGGCCGCGCGCCUGGCCGAGCAGCUGCUGGCGGACUGCCGCGAGCUGGCGCGGCGGGACCGCGCCUGGCCGCGCGGCCGCGGAGUGCUGGCCGCGGCGGGCCGCGCGCGGCUGGCCGCGUGGCGCGAGCAGGCGUGGCGGGACCGCGCCGCCGCGCUCUACCUCACGCACCAGGCCGUGAGCGAGGUGCUGCGGCGCUACGACGUGGCCGAGCAGAACCACAACCACCUCACCCUGGAGCAGCUGCUCAGGCUUGCCAACUGCUACAAUGAAACCCUUCAGCUGGCUACUGAGGACUGCAGGGGAGUGUCCACGUGGUGCGGCAACACCUGCCCCAUACUGCUGCACCCUCUCAGGAAGCUGUCCAUCACCAAGAUUCUGCAGGUGCUGGCCCAGUUCAGGGCGGAGCUGUGCUGCGGCAGCCUCGUGACGUGCUUGCUGGGCAGCUUCUGGGGCGCGCAGGAGGACACGAGCGCCAGUCCAGUGGCCCUGUGUCCCAGCAGCCCCGAGCACUCCGACAACUCCAGCCUGGUGGUCUACAGGACUCUGGUGCGGCAGAUGACGCCGCCGGACGUGGCAACGCUGCCCCCGGUGGAGAAGGUGGCAACGCCGCGCCGCGAGCUGGCAGCGUCGCCCGGCCAGCUGGUGGCCGGCGUGCAGCAGCUGGUGUCGCAGGAGCAGGCGCACGUGGCAACGCUGCUGGGAGUGGCGCUGCGCAGCGCCCCGCACUUCCUGGGGCAGGACGGCGUCAGGACCUCCAGGACUUCAGGCGGGCCGAGGGUGUCUCGCAAGGCCAGGCACAAGGUGACCGACUACUACCAGCAGGUGCUGUGGGGUGAGGUGGGCGCCUUCAUGGAGCACGUGGUGCUGUGGUGGGGGGAGCCGGCGCUGGCAACAUGGCCGCCCCACUGCGCCCGGGGCCUGCGCGACUGGGCCUACAAGCUCACCGCCAGUGGCAGAGUGCCUCAGACGGUGGUGCCGGCGAUGCAGAGCCUGAUAGACGGUCUGGGCUGCUACGUGGCCUCCACCGAGUGGGACCAGACGUUCCGGCGGGCGCUGGUGUCGGGGCGCCUCAACACCCGGCUCCCCAGCCGUUCCAAGCAGGAUGGCACGAGGACUGGUGAGAUGAUGACACAGCUACUGGAGGGCCUGGUGGGACUGAGCAACAGCUGCGAGGUGACCACCGAGUGGCUCGUCCUGGAGGAAUUGUUCCAAAGAGUGAGGCUGGUGCUAGGAUGUGUGGGGUUUCGGCAGGAUGGCACGAGGACUGGUGAGAUGAUGACACAGCUACUGGAGGGCCUGGUGGGGCUGAGCAACAGCUGCGGGGAUGGAACGAGGACUGGUGAGAUGAUGACACAGCUACUGGAGGGCCUGGUGGGGCUGAGCAACAGCUGCGAGGAUGGCACGAGGACUGGUGAGAUGAUGACACAGCUACUGGAGGGCCUGGUGGGGCUGAGCAACAGCUGCGAGGAUGGCACGAGGACUGGUGAGAUGAUGACACAGCUACUGGAGGGCCUGGUGGGGCUGAGCAACAGCUGCGGGGAUGGCACGAGGACUGGUGAGAUGAUGACACAGCUACUGGAGGGCCUGGUGGGGCUGAGCAACAGCUGCGGGGAUGGCACGAGGACUGGUGAGAUGAUGACACAGCUACUGGAGGGCCUGGUGGGGCUGAGCAACAGCUGCGAGGUGACCACCGAGUGGCUGUCCUCGCCGCCGCUGGAGGAACUGCCGCUGGUGGAGCAGAUACCUGUGCUGCACCGACUCGACCACUCCGUGCACUCGGCACGCACCUGGACAGCGUCACAGGCCCGCCACCUCGCCAACACCUGGGCCAUGGACGCUUUCUUCCUGGUCGCGCAUGCCGACGUGCAUGGCUGCCUCUCUCAGCUCGCCCGCCUCCAGCUUGCAGAGCACAAGGACCUGGCGGGCGUGCGGAGCGAGCACGUGGCGGUGUGCGCGCAGAUGAGGUCGAAGCUGGUGUCCGAGGUGCGCGACAACAUCGACAAGCUCAAGAAGCUGCCCGGUGAGUGCUUGGAGAUGUUGGCAGUGGUGUGCCGCACCAUCAGCCUUGCCAACCUGCGCAUGUUCUUCCCGGAGCCGCGGUACUGGAAGCAGUCCGGCGACACGAGGCAGUGCGUCAGCCCGUACGUGGAGAGGUACCUCGAUGAGGUGCUGAGGCCGGUGCUACUCGCCGUGCAGCCACUGCCCGUCGCUGUGCAGCAGGAGGUGGGCGGCAUGGUGCUGAGGAUCAUGCCGGUGCUACUCGCCGUGCAGCCACUGCCCGUUGCUGUGCAGCAGGAGGUGGGCGGCAUGGUGCUGAGGAUCAUGUGCGAGGCGUGGCUCGACCACAUCUACUCUCACAAGAUCAAGUUCACGCCGUGGGGGGCCGUGCAGCUGCUGACGGACUUCGCCGGCGUGUCGGCGUGGCUGGCGGAGCAGGUGCCGCUCGGCGCCGAGGUGCUCAGCAGCCUGCUGAGGCACGAGGUGCUGAGGCGGUGCGAGGGAGUCGGCCGACUGCUGCUGCGUCGCCCCGGGGAGCCCAUCGCCAUGGUGGCGGCUCGCCGCAAGCACUCCGAUGGCGGCAGUGAGGGGGCGGGCUCCCUCCAGGAAGACACCAUGCCGGCGGAGAUGUACGUGCCCAACCAGGAGCAGUGGCUGGAGCUGCGGGCCUCGGGCCAGCGGGGACUGUGCACCUACUGCCUGUGCUGUCCGUCCAGCUGACCGUCCACAGCAGACAUGAGGCCGCCACGAGCCGGCUAGUGGGUCCCUUUAGAGGCGAGCAGGACCCUGGUGCUCGUGAGAGGAACUAACUAGACACAACCAGACCACCAUGUUGUAAUAUGGGGAAGCCAGCGGGGACUGUGCACCUACUGCCUGUGCAGCCUUGAAGCCGCCACGAGCCGGCUAGUGCGUCCCUUAAGAGGCGAGCAGGACCCUGGUGCUCGUGAGAGGAACUAACUGAACACAACCAGACCACCAUGUUGUAAUGAGGGGAAGCCAGCGGGGACUGUGCACCUACUGCCUGUGCAGCCUUAAAGCCGCCACGAGCCGGCUAGUGGGUCCCUUAAGAGGCGAGCAGGACUUUGGUGCUCGUGAGAGGAACUAACUGAACACAACCAGACCACCAUGUUGUAAUGAGGGGAAGCCAGCGGGGACUGUGCACCUUCUGCCUGUGCUGUCCAUCCAGCUGACCGUCCACAGCAUCCUUGAAGCUGCCACGAGCCGGCUAGUGGGUCCCUUUAGAGGCGAGCAGGACCCUGGUGCUCGUGAGAGGAACUAACUGGACACAACCAGACCACCAUGUUGUAAUGAGGGGAAGCCAGCGGGGACUGUGCACCUUCUGCCUGUGCUGUCCAUCCAGCUGACCGUCCACAGCAUCCUUGAAGCUGCCACGAGCCGGCUAGUGGGUCCCUUUAGAGGCGAGCAGGACCCUGGUGCUCGUGAGAGGAACUAUAUGGACACAACCAGACCACCAUGUUGUAAUGAGGGGAAGCCAGCGGGGACUGUGCACCUACUGCCUGUGCAGCCUUAAAGCCGCCACGAGCCGGCUAGUGGGUCCCUUAAGAGGCGAGCAGGACUUUGGUGCUCGUGAGAGGAACUAACUGAACACAACCAGACCACCAUGUUGUAAUGAGGGGAAGCCAGCGGGGACUGUGACCUACUGCCUGUGCUGUCCAUCCAGCUAACCGUCUACAGCCACCAUGAAGUUGCCACAAGCCGGCUAGUGGGUCCCUUUAGAGGCGAGCAGGACCCUGGUGCUCGUGAGAGGAACUAACUGGACACAACCAGACCACCAUGUUGUAAUGAGGGGAAGCCAGCGGGGACUGUGCACCUUCUGCCUGUGCUGUCCAUCCAGCUGACCGUCCACAGCAUCCUUGAAGCUGCCACGAGCCGGCUAGUGGGUCCCUUUAGAGGCGAGCAGGACCCUGGUGCUCGUGAGAGGAACUAUAUGGACACAACCAGACCACCUUUUUAAAUGAGAAGCCAGAUGAGAAUGCCUGUUCUUCUCAUUUACCACAACUGUGAUGCAAUGGAAGCCGGUUAGUGAGUCCCAUUUGGAUGCUAGCAGGGGCCUGGUGUUCUAUGAGGGAUAGUGGCAGCUAAACAUCUCAUCCAGUGGGGCUUAUUUUAAAAUAACCAGACAUACUCUUUGCGUAGAUUGAAGAGGGUAACUAAUUGAAUUCAAAAGAAGAUGCUCGGUCAUGCGGUAAGGAGAUACUCGCAUUAUCACUUCUGGAGGCAGCAAAGACUUUUGCCUGUCUGGGUUGUGACAAGCGGAACUUAUUUUUAGUCGCAAGUGCACAGCAGCCAUCUUGUUUUUAGGAUAUUAGGUACAUUUCGUAAAACAACAGACUACCGGUUUGCACAGAGAGUUAAUGCCAGUGAUGUUUCUCAGCAGAUUUUGCAUAUAGGUGGCAGGGACAUGUGAAACUUUCUUUAAAGUGAGAAUAUAGUUACUGCAUUAAUGGAAGAAAGGUUCCAAAAAAAACUAUUUUGUGAGAAAACAAAUAGAAGGUGCGUUCUAUGCAUUGAAUGUUAGUCAGGCCCUUUCGGAGGCAAAUGGACACUUGAUGCUUAAUGAUACAAAGAAGCGGUUGGUAAGGGUAAGGUUAUUUGGAAGAAUGUGAAACUCAUAGGUCAGAAAACAUCAUUUGAAAACAUUUAAGAAUUAUUUUA